CCGGCGCUGCACCUGAAUAACGAGGCGAUGUCUCACUACCUCCCGUCUCCACAUCUGACCGCUCACGACCGAACAUGUGCGUCGACCCUCCCGCAGCACACACCGGAUGUUCGCGUCGUGUAGUCGCCACACUCACCUGGAUUUCCCGGGAGCUCGUGUCCACCGCAGAGCUGCGUUAGCUAACUGACGCCGCCCGGUCAACACAACUUCGUCCAAUGGAAGAUAAUGGCGGGGACACGAAUGGCGGUGAAGCCUCCUCUUCUUCCUCCUCUUCCUCCUCCUGUGAUGUUCCCAGGGAGCCGAACGUGGAGCUGAGGAAGCUGCUGUUUUUCAAAGUGUACAAGAGGCGGUGGUUCGUGCUGCUGAUCCUGUGUCUGCUGAACUGCUCCAACGCCAUGACAUGGCUGACCUUUGCACCAGUAGCAGACCAGUCAGCCCAUUACCUGAACGUCACUCUGGAGGAUGUCAACUGGUUGUCGCUGGUCUACAUGGUGGUGGCCAUACCGCUCAGCUUCGGCACCACGUGGAUGCUGGACACGCUCGGGCUGCGGAUCACGUUGAUCCUGGGCUCCUGGCUGAACAUGUUCGGAGCCCUGGUGCGCUUCCUCGCCACGGACAUAGAAAAAAGCUCUGUUGACCUGUACCCCGUCGUGAUGGUGGGUCAGACCAUCGGUGCCAUCGCUCAGCCCCUCAUCAUCUUCACCCCCACCAAGCUGGCAGCCCUCUGGUUCCCUGACCACCAGCGGGCCACAGCCAACAUGAUCGCCUCCAUGUCCAAUCCGCUGGGCAUCCUCCUCGCUAACAUCAUCUCUCCUCUGAUGGUUCAGAAAUCUGCUGAAAUCCCAAGGCUGCUGCUUGCCUAUGCAAUCCCGGCCUGCUUCAUCUGUUUCCUAGCAACAGUAGGGAUACGGAGCAGCACCCCCCCCACGCCACCGUCAGCCAGUGCCGAGUCCUCCGGCUCGGAACCAUUUUUGCAGGGCAUCAAACUGCUACUGAAGAACAGAUCCUACCUCAUCCUGCUGGUCUGCUUCGGCUCGGGCAUCGCCGUGUUCACCUGCUUCUCCACGCUGCUCGAGCAGAUCCUGUGCGUGCAGGGAUACACCAACAACUUCGCCGGCCUGUGCGGCGCCCUCUUCAUCGUGUUCGGCAUCGUCGGCGCCGGCGUUCUGGGACUCUAUGUCGACAAGACCAAGAAGUUCAUCGAAGCCACAAAGAUCAACAUGAGCUUCACUGCUCUGGCGUGCAUCGUCUUCUCAGUGGUGUCUCUGAUGCGGCAGCAGAAAGUCGCCGUGGCCGUCGUCUGUUCCCUCUUUGGCUUUUUCGGUUUCUCCAUUUACCCGGUUGCCAUGGAGCUCUCUGUGGAGUGUUCGUAUCCGGUCGGCGAAGCCACGUCGGCCGGGCUCGUCUUCGUAUCGGGACAGGUUCAGUCUGUUCUCUACAUCGUGCUCCUCCAGGCGCUGACCAAGCGGCUCGCUGACUCUCCUCUGUCGACCUGCGGGGACGCGGUGUUGAGCUGGAAAGUGCCGAUGCUGGUGAUGGCCGGACUGUGCAGUUUGUUCAGCUGCUGCUUCGUCAUCCUCUUCCACACGAGGUACAGACGACUGGAGGCUGAAAUGGAAGCGACGUACGGCAUCAAACGAACCAGUGACCCCGCCCAGUGUGCAGUUACCAGUGACCCCGCCCAGUGUGCAGUUACCAGUGAACACGCCCAGAGUGCGGUGAAGAGUGAACACGCCCAGAGUGAGGCGACCAGUGACCCCGCCCAGAGUGCAGCGACCAAUGAACACGCCCAGAGUGAGGCGACCAGUGACCCCACCCAGAGUGAGGCGACCAGUGAACCCGCCCAGAGUGAGGCGACCAGUGACCCCGCCCAGAGUGAGGCGACCAGUGACCCCGCCCAGAGUGAGGCGACCAGUGACCCCGCCCAGAGUGAGGCGACCAGUGACCCCGCCCAGUGUGCAGUUACCAGUGAACACGUCCAGAUUGUGGCGACGUGAAACCUCUGACGGACUCUGUUUGAAACAAAGAAGAAUGGUUUUUUUUUUUUUUACCUCGGAUUAAUGGGUUAAAAAAAAAAAAUACGUGAUUCUUUAGUAAAAUAUCAAGGCUAAACAUUUUUGUGUACAUUGAGGUUCUAUAGCAGAAUUAUUCUUACUAUUGAUAAACUCAUCCACGAAGAAGAGCAGCAAGAAUUUCAUUAUAUGAAAUUCAAAGGUGAAAAUAGAACUGGAGUUCUCUCUGCAUCGGAGCUCAUGAGAGACGCACAUGAACUUUCAGUAAAUGAUCUUGUCGAUUGUUACGUGUGGGACUUUAAAGCCUCCGUAGAAAUCUGUAAACUGAAGUAAGCGUUUAACCUUCCUCUUCCGAUCGGGGGAUUUAAAUGAUUCUUGCUUUCCGGGUUUAUUUUUUUGUAAAAACUUACCUUUGAUUAAAGGUAUUUGAGCGGCACAGUGGUGCAGUGGUUCACACUGUCGUCCCACAUGGAGGUUCAGAGCUACUCGUCCUCCUGGUGGGGGAUUUCUCCGGCUUCCUCCCACAGGCUGAACACAUGCAGAGUGAGGUCAGAUUAACUGGAGACUCGAGCGUCAGCUGGACGAGAAGCGACCUCGUAUAGAUGAUGGAUGGAUUCUCUCAGUCCAACCUGAGCUUUAACGCUACUACCAGCUUGGUGAAGUCAAACUUUACAGGUAGAAACUUGAAAAGCGUCUCUGCAGGUGUCAUCACUGUCUCCGUCAGUGUUUUGCUGAAAUUCCCAGGAUCCUUUUUUUUUUCUUUAAAUCCCAAGAGGCAGCAGGGGCAUUAAGCUGCAGUGCAUUCUGGUCUUUUUCACGCAGCUUCCAUUCUCAGGGUCUGACAACAAAAACCUGAUGUUUACAGUCGAAGCUUCCGGAACCUUCUUCUCUGCAGCGGCUCGAAAACAACUUGAUGUGUUUGUCACAUCAUCGCACACGUCUGCGUCUUAUUCUUUUAUUCUGAAACUGCUCUAAAGGUUCUGGUUACUAACACAUUCUACAUGAAACCAAACAAUAAUUCUACUGAACUGUUUAGUGUCUGUCAUGUUGUGGAGAGAGAAUCCUAAUAACAGCUGUGUGGGUUGUGGGUUUUGUGCAAUAAAGGAAACUGUCAAUGUUCUGUUUGGUAGACAAUGGUUUGAAUCCAACUUUAACUCUAAAUCUAAGAAUUAUUCAUGAGACCAAAUCAGCUGAUUCCUACUUUUUAAAAUGUAAAUGAACUGUUUUUUGAUUAUAACAGUAAUAAGACUACUAAAGAUUUUGUUUUGUAUUUUUCAAAGAUUUGUUACACUUGAAGGACUUGAUGUAAAAUGACGGUUCAAGCAUCUGUAAUAAAAACAUUCUGUUGUAAUGAGAAGCAUCUUUUUAACAUUCUCUGAAGGUCAAAACUACAAUAAAGAUUAAUAAUACAAUGUUUUGUUAUAUUUUGUAUUUCAGUGCCUUAAAAUGUGAAUAAAGUUUCUUUGAGUCUGA